CAGUCACGUAGCUCAGGUUCCCGAGCAGCGGCAGCGGCAGCGGCAGCGGCGCGCGUCUGUGCUUCUGCCCGGCUCCCGCCGUUCGUCUGCCAUCAUGCCGAUGUUCGUCGUGAACACCAACGUGCCUCGCGCCUCCGUGCCGGACGGGCUCCUUUCCGAGCUCACCCAGCAGCUGGCACAGGCCACGGGCAAGCCGCCCCAGUACAUCGCGGUGCACGUGGUCCCGGAUCAGCUCAUGGCCUUCGGCGGCUCCAGCGAGCCGUGCGCGCUCUGCAGCCUGCACAGCAUCGGCAAGAUCGGAGGCGCACAGAACCGCUCCUACAGCAAGCUGCUCUGCGGCCUACUGGCCGAGCGCCUGCGCAUCAGCCCGGACAGGGUCUACAUCAACUACUACGACAUGAAUGCGGCCAACGUGGGCUGGAACAACUCCACCUUCGCCUGAACGCCCCGCCCGCCCUGGCGCCGCCCUAGUCCGGCCGCAGGCAGCCUUGGGCCUACCUGCCCCAGCCACACUCUCCCCAGCUCCUGGCCUAAGAAAUAAACGGUUUAGAGACCA